CUAGUACGCUGACACUGGCUGCCACGUGCAGCCGCGUGUCUGCGCGUAUCAGGCCAUGACCGGCUGUUUAGACCCAAGCAUUUCCAAGUUCUCAAGAGAAGAUAACCCGGGCGCGCAAGCACGCCGGGAGGCCGGCCAGCCGGCCGAAGCAGGACAUAGCCCAUUCUGUGUGCCCUACCCCCAUGCUAGCGGUUGCUUCCCCCGUCGCAGGCUUGACCUCUUACCUCCGUCUUUCCACUGUAUAGGCAUUCUACCACCCCAAUAAUUAUCUAGCUAUACUUGUUAGGUACAGAGUUUGCAACAAACGCUUGAAAUUGGCCACAGACGUUUGCAUCUUCGUUGUGGAGGGUCAUGGGGAAGAAGCGCGCUUAUGACGAUGACGAUGAGGAUGGAGGUGCCGAGGAGGAAGAGGAUCUGGACCUAGAGGACGAAGACGCCUCGGGCUCAGACGGGGAGGAUGCGGGCAAAAAGAAGAAGCGCCGCGUCUCUGCCUUCGUGGACGAAGCAGCUGAGGAGGAUGACGAGGAGGACGAUGACGAUGAAGGAGGCAAACCAAAGAAGAAGAACCGCUCGGUGUUCAUUGAUGAUAUUGCCGACGUGGAUGAUGAAGACGAAGAGGAAGAAGUCGAGGAGGACGCGGAGGACCUGAUUGAUGACCGCGACGUGGAGAUUCCGGACGCUAACACGGCGCCGCUGAACUACCGGCGGAUCAACCGCGAGGAGGACAACGCGCAGGAGGAGGACAUCCUGCGCCGCAUCGAGGAGCGCUACAAAGACUACCAGGGUGAGGACAUCCCGGACACGGCGGACACGGGCGUGGUGGGCCAGCAGGGCCUGCUGCCCACGCCCAACGACCCCAAGCUGUGGCUGGUGACCUGCAAGGUCGGCCACGAGCGCGAGGCGGUGGUGCAGCUGCUGCAGAAGUGCUACACCAUGGCGGAGCGGGGCACGCCGCUGCGCAUUAUGUCGGCGGUGGCGCUGGACCAUCUGCCGGGCUUCAUCUACGUGGAGGCGGCCAAGGAGAGUCAUGUGAUGGACGCCAUCCGCGGCCUGCGCACCGUGUACAUCGGCAGGGGCGCCAAGCUGGUGCCACUGAACGAGAUGGUGGACGCCGUCACCGUGAACAAGAAGGCCAAGGACGACAUGGCCCGCGACACGUGGGUGCGUGUGCGCAGCGGCCUGUACAAGGAUGACCUGGCCCGGGUGGUGGAGGUGGACAGCGUGGCGGGUCGCGCAGUCGUCAAGCUGCUGCACCGCCUGGACUUCAACCAGAUGGCCAACAGGACUGAGGAGCAGCGAAAGAAGAACCCCUUUGGCCGGGCGCCCACGGUGCGGCCAUCGGCCAAGGUGUUCAACCCGGAAGAGGCGCGUGUGGCGGGUCUGCUGGUGCAGCGCCUGCCAGCUGAGCAGGGCAUGCCGUGCUACCAGGUGCUGUCCCACAAGUUCGUGGGCGGGUACCUGGAGCGCCGCGUAGGCAUUAAGACGCUAACGGUGCUGGACACGCUGCCGGGCCUGGAGGAGGUGGCGCGCUUUAACGCCGCCGCCUCCACCGGCGAUGACGACGCGCCCGCCACCGACUUGUCCUCGCUCAUGGCCACGCUGCCCACGGACGGCACGGCCGCCACCAAGGGCACGUUCAUGAAGGGCGACACGGUGCGCAUCGUGAAGGGCGACCUGGAGAACCUCACGGCGCGCGUGACGGGCGUGUCGGCGGACGGCACCAAGGUCACGGCGGUGCCAGACAUCAAAGGCUUCGGCGAGGAGGUGGAGUUUGACAUGGAUGAGCUGGCCAAGGUGUUCGAGGUGGGCCAGCGUGUGCGUGUGCUGGCGGGCCAGUACGGCGGCGACACGGGCAUGGUGGUGCGCGUGGAGGAGACACUGUGCUACCUGAUCUCCGACACCACCCGCGAGGAGAUCAAGGUGUUCGCACGCGACCUGACGGAGAGCGAUGUGGUGGCCAGCGGCAUAGAGAUGCUGGGCGAGUACCAGCUGCACGACCUGGUGCAGAUCAACCAGAACACGGCGGGCGUCAUCGUCAAGAUUGAGAAGGACGCGGCAAGGGUGCUGACUUCCAACGGCACGCCCGACCAGCCCGAUGUGCGGCUGUGCCGGCUGCCUGACAUCCAGCGCAAGGUCACGUUUAAGCAGAAGCCCAUCACCCAGGACCAGGGCGGGAACCAGGUCAAGGAGAAAGACUGGGUGAUUAUGCUGAACGGCCGUAUGAAGGAGCGCGGCGGCAGCGUGGCUUUCAUCUGGCGCGGCACGCUGUUCCUGCACUGCAAGGAUGUGACGGAGAACGGCGGAUACGUGGCGGUGCGCUCCUUCGCCACGCGCCUGCGCGGCGCACCGGGCGGCAGCGGCGGCGGCGGCAACAGCGCACGCGCCUCGGCCAUCCUUGGCGGCACGCCCGGCAGUGUGCGCUCCACGCCUGGCAGCGUGGGCCCCUCGCCCGGCGGCAGCGGCUAUGGUGGCAGCUGGGCGCGCUACACGCCCGCCUCGCCGCGACCGGACGACCCCAGCAGCGGGAACGCUGGCAGCUCCGGCAGCAUCGGCGCAGACGGCAAAUUCCAAAUGGCGCUGCCGCAGCGCGGCGGCGGCAUGCAGGGCGGGCCAGGCGGUGGGCGGGGGCCGGGCGGCGCGGGCCAGUUCAGCGGGCGCUCCUUUCACGCGCAGGCGCACUCGCAGUACGUGGGCAAGGUGGUGCGGGUGACCAAGGGGCCGUACAACGGCUACCGCGGCCGCGUCAAGCAGCAGACGGCCACGCACGUGCAGCUGGAGUUGGAUGCUGUGGCGGGCCGGCCGGUGACGGUGCCCAUGGAGUACGUGCAGCUGGGCGACGUGCCCCGCAGUGGCACCAUGGCGGCGGCGGUGUCCGCAGAGGGCGGCUACCGCGCUGGCCCCAGCGGCGGCGCUUACGCCGGCGGGCGCGGCGGCCCCAGCGACAACCGCUACCCGCCACAGACGCCGGCGCACCCGGGCAUGCAGACGCCCGCGCACUACUCCAUGACGCCCGCCCACCCGUCCAUGACCCCCGCGCACGCGCCUUACACGCCCGCGCACGCGCCGUACACGCCAGCACACCACACCAGCGGCGAGAACGACGACUAUUACGGCGACGAGCUGCCGGGGCGGCACCAGCCCAUGACCGCGCCCACGCCCGGGUACGGCGGCACCGCGCACACGCCGCAGCAGCAGGCCUACACGCCGGCGCUGACGCCGCAGGGCUACACGCCUCAGGAGCCCAUGCACGCGCCCACGCCGGCCGACCACCACCACCACGGUGUCGCCGGCACGCCCAACCUGGCGCCCACGCCCGGCCUGGCGCGGACGCCGUACCUGCCCGCACCCACGCCAGGCGUAGAUGCAGCGCCUACGCCAGGCGGAGGGCACUACGAGGCAGGGUACACGCCCGGCACAAACGCUGCGACGGGCACGCCGGGCCUCACGGCCCCCACGCCCGCCAACGCGUACACGCCAGCGUUCACGCCCUCCGGGCACGCCUACACGCCCGGGACACCGGGUCUGGAGGCGGGGACGCCGGCGGUGGUGGGCGUGGUGGAGGACUUCGGCACGUGGGCCAGCAUCCUGGUGCAGGUGCCCGGCAGCGGCCGGUACGCCGUGGUGCGCGCGGCCGGGUCGGACGGCACCUGCAGCGUGCAGCCGGGGAACUACGCGCCGGACAGCGGCUUCAGCGCAGACGCCUCCGCGGCGCUCGAGACUCAUGACGCGCGGGCUCUGGCGGUGGUGCGCCCGUCAAAGCGCGACAAGGUCAAGGUCAUCAAGGCGGAGAGUCAGGACGUGCUAGGCGUGACAGGCACGCUCAUUGGUAUUGACAAUGCCGACGGCAUCGUCAAAUGCGACGUUAGCAACGACAUGAAGAUUCUAGACAUGACCUUCCUGGCGAAGGUGGUGGCGUGAGAGGGAUGCGCAGGGAGGGCCGGCGCAGAGUAAUGUGUUGCUGGGGAUAGGCAGUGCUAGGGCUUGCCGAUGUAGGCUUCUCGCCUGUCGUGUGCAGGCGCUGAUGUCUCCCAUGUGUGGGUACGCCUUACUGCGCUACCAGGCCUGGUAGGCGUCACCGCUUAUGUUGGGAUUGGCGUACAAUAGUAUAGGCGCUGGCCGAGAGAGUUUCUAAGGGCCGAAGGAACUGCGAGUGCGCGAGCGGGCGGGGCCACAGACUGGCAAGGGCAAGUUGAUGAAGGUGAGUCCCCCGUGCAGAUGCCGGGAGUAACGGACAGCUGCCACGAUCUCCACGCUGCAGACGUCAUGCCCAUCGCGUGCCGCGUUUCUAUGAAAGUUGUUCGUCAUCGCACCAACCGUCGACAGCGCUGCCCGCCGAAACCGGUGCCGCGUCGACCAAUUCGUGCGGCUGUGGGCUGUGUGCCAAUGAUUGAAGUACAGUUUGAGUGUUCAGACUCUUGCCCCAGGCUAUUCUGCUGGUAGGACGCCCUGACGCGCGGCGGUGGGCAAUGUUGACAAAUUUGUUAGCGGAACGGCCAAUGGCGGUUUCGGUCCAUUGGGAAUCAAGCUAUGUUUGUAUUGUAACCAAGAACAAAA